CAAGAACGAAAAAGUGCUCCAUUGAGUUUCCGAUCAGUUCUGAAAAUGCGAAGCCCUAGCGACUUUUAGUUUUUAUUUCACAGCAUUUCUACGGAAAGCCCAAAAAGAGGGGAGGGGUACCCUUAAUGAUCGAAAUACUUGCCUUAUUACUAAGGAGUACUUUCUGAAAGUACUUGGCAAAUAACAACAAGUACUUACAAGUAAAUUUACUUCUGGAAAAAGGGCAAGUACCGACUUCAUUACGCUGACGAAGUAUUUAAUCCAAGUACUUGGGCCCAAGUACGUUAUCUAGGGUUUCCUGUUCAUCGCUUCUACGCACUAUUUAUGGUUAUGAAAUAUUUCUUUUUGAGCUAUUUGAAGAACUCUCUAGAAUGACUUUAAUGUUAAAAGUUGUGACGAUCUUCAAAGGAACCAAAUAUUAAUGACGUAGCGAUAAGAGAAACCUUCGCUUGUUUUACUUUGGAUCAGUUUUGUACAUAUUCAUUUGUGACUGGUUAAUGGAGCACAUUCAUACCUAAUUCUGAUUCAUGCAAUACAAUUUUAUUAAUUAUUUAAUUAUUUUUAUGAUAUAAUAUAUAAUUUUUUUAAUUAUUAUCAAUACAAAUUUUUGUCUGUAGAAUAUGAACUUGUGCGCGCUCUCUAUUGUUUGUAGCAAUAAAAUCGAACUGCUUUAGUUAAAAUUUGUAAAAAGAGAUUUAAGAAUUGACAUACAGAAAAGUAAACUGUCUCCAUUUCAUUCGUUCAAUUACACUUUUGCUUAAACUAGAAACGAUCAAGUUAAUAGGUGAAGCAUUCGGAUGCUUAAAGUUAAGACUUUUUCAAUUACUAUAUAUAUAUAAAUUUAAGAUAGGUUUUUUACAGGAUUGUUUUCAUCUCAAUUCCUCAAGCUGCUUAAAUACCAUGUGCAAGUGUUGAUGAUUUAUCAAAGGCCACUUAAUAAAAGAUUAACUCAUAUUGUACUUUCCGAUAGAUAAACGAUAGGUUAAAUGACGUGCACAAUCAAACUAUAAUCAACUAUUAUUCGAAAACAAAUAGCAAAGUAUAGCUGUGCUGUAUAGUGCGAUUUGAUGAGAGGCCCAUCUAGAAAAUCUCUUUUGCAUAUUAAAGAAUUAGUUAAAAAUUAUAUAUAUUCUAGUAAUUAUGCAAAGAUUUUCUGCCAAUUUUAACACAUGUUCACUAAAAAUUCUUCUUCUUUCAGUUUAGACACAAAUUUGAGAUUCAAAAAUGAAAAGAACUGUUAUAAUUUCGUUACUAAUAUUGUAUAAUCAGAUUUGGGAACAAUUUGCAGACGGUAUAUGUGGUGGAAAGCAACCAACGAUAACCAAUGCUGUUAUGACUCCCUAUCAAAACAUGCUGACUGUUGUAUGUUCACAAGGCUACAUUUUUGCUGAUGGUUCACCGACAAAAUUUUUCUUCUGCAUCGAUAAUAAUUGGAAAAGUAUCGAUAAUAGUGUGGUAGAAUGUCAGCAAGUAACAUGCAAGACAGAUUUGGUUAUUCCACAUGCUAUGCUCUUAAGUCAGAAUAUUCAAAAACUUCAAGUAUCAUAUGGUGAAAUAGCAUGGUCUGGUGUAUUAAGUUAUCGAUGUAUGCCAGGAACUCAAAACCCGUUGGGAUCUAAUGAGUUUACGAUUGAAUGUCAACAUGGUAGAAUCGUUAGUCCAAUUGUCUCUUGCCAAAAUGUAUCAAUGUGUACUGGAAUUCCAUCGUCUAAUUAUACCACAAUUAAUUAUCCACGCAGUAAUGUGACAAGAGUGCUCAGUGAUCCUCCCACAUUUGCCAUUGCGUCAUUCUUUACUCUUGAAUGUUUAUCAUUUACGAGACUUAUCCCAACAACAGGUUCGCUAGUUAGUGUCUGUCAGCCAAAUGCACAAUGGUCCUCUUAUCCAAAAUGUGAAGUUCGUCAAUGUCCACCAAGUAUCGCGCCACCAAAUAUUGAAUUAAAAUCAACGAGGUUAACAAUCUUAAAUCACGAUAGUGAUCACGCAAUGCCGGGUUCCGUCAUUGAAUAUGUAUGUCGAGAACAAAAUAAGAAUGUUUUAAGUAUUAUAUGCAAUGAAAACGGCACUUGGUCACCAUAUUCGCCUUGUAAAUGA